AUGGUGUUGACACUGCCUGCAACUCAGGUCCCACAGUCAAGCGCUGAUCCAGUUAAUUUAUUUUAUUGUUUUCAAAAUGUUGAUGGAGGAGCAGAAGGGUUUUACACUGUCCACAACCCAUUUCAGAUAAGUGGGCCAAAAGGAUACAGAGAAGUGAAGAUACUAGAGAACGGAGACAUGUAUGUUAGGACGGACUUGCCGGGGUGUGACUUCGUGGACGUACGCAUUGACUCUUUGAAAAAAUCGGUGACUAGCAGAACUUUGGUCGCGUCGCCUUUCGAUCCCAUUGUCAACCCAUAUGAAAGCUUCACGCCGCGGUCGUACUCAACCACUGAUCGGCUAAUGUGUGAUUGCUGUCGGAUAUCGCUAGUCAAGUACCACAAAAUAACGGAUGGCGUUCUAAGAGUAGUCAUAUCCACGACCCCCACCUCUGAUCCCCAAAACAGAGCGGGCCAUGCAAUUCUCAAUAACACGGACCCAAAUGAUCCGAGGCUUACGGGUCUCAUACCGAGCACGGGAAACCCUCACUUAAUCCAAGGACAUGGUAGUGGGGCUUAUGAGUUCAAGAGUGUCACAGACGGUACCGCGUACGUACGGUUAGAUAUGCCCGGAGUUCCCAAACAUUUGUUCAAUGCCAAAGUUAAUUAUGGGGAACUGAAGCCGUGUAAGCGUUCACGACGUGAAUCGACGGUGGUCGUGACCGGUACAGCUCCCGCCGUUGACCAAGACUCAGGUGAUAGGGUAUACUCUGCUAUAGCGGCUAUAGUCUACGAUUCUACGGGUGCAAUUCUCCUGGAGUCCGACCCGGAGAACGGGGUGAUGCGACUAACGAUCCGUGCAUCUUGA